AUGUCAUUGACUCAAACUGAUUUAAAAGGUGUCGUGCCUCUUGUGAGCCGUGGUAAAGUCCGUGACAUCUAUGAACUCGAUCCAGAGACCCUAUUAUUUGUUGCCACAGAUCGUAUUUCGGCGUAUGAUGUGAUAAUGUCCAAUGGCAUUCCAUCAAAGGGAAAGAUACUCACCAAGCUUUCAGAAUUUUGGUUUGAUUUUCUCCCUGUUCCAAAUCACUUGAUCAAAGGCGACUUAUUUGAGAAAUACCCGCAAUUAGCUCCAUUCCGUUCUCAAUUGGAAGGAAGAGCUUUGAUUGUUCGUAAAUUGAAAUUGAUUCCACUUGAAGUUAUCGUUCGAGGAUACAUUACUGGGUCUGCAUGGAAAGAGUAUAAGAAACUGGGAACUGUGCACGGAAUCAAAGUUGAAAGUGGGUUAGUUGAAAGUCAAGAGUUUAAGGAACCGAUCUUCACCCCAAGUACCAAAGCCGAACAAGGUGAACACGACGAAAAUAUAAGUCCCGAACAGGCAGCACAGAUUGUUGGCCAAGAGUUAUGCGGUAAACUUGAGAAACUAGCAGUAGAGUUGUAUGUGAAAGCCAAGGAGUAUGCCAAGACGAAAGGUAUCAUUAUUGCCGAUACUAAAUUUGAAUUUGGAUUAGACGAAAAUGAUGAAAUCGUUUUAGUUGAUGAAGUAUUAACUCCCGACUCCUCGAGGUUUUGGAGUAAAGAAAACUACAAGCUAGGCGAGGGUCAAGAUAGUUACGAUAAGCAAUUCUUGAGGGAUUGGUUGACUAGCAACGGCUUAAAUGGUAAAGAUGGUGUUGCUAUGAGUGAUGAAGUUGCUAAAAAGAGUAAAGAAAAGUAUGUCGAGGCGUACAAACAAUUGACUGGUAAUAAAUGGCAAGAAUAA